AUGUGACAAACAAAACAAAAAGGGUGAUUGUUCGACGAAUCCGCUUUUUUGGUUUUUAUUUCCGUUUGCUUGUGAAUUUUGUGUAAACCGACGAAUUUUCAACCAUGCCAUCCGUAGAACCGGCGGAAGAAAUGCCCCAUUCCGGUGGUGCCUCGUUGGAGCAUAGCGACCGAAACCACGGCGAGACCAACGGAAACGAGGAACAGCACCACGAAACGCCUGAUCCGGACCGCCACCUAAUACCCGCGGAUCGCAUCGAACAUGAUGAUUCAGCACAGAUCGACCUGCCCACCGUUCGAGAAUUCACCCAGAACGACAACAUUAACAAGUUUCUGCUCAACUCGUUCCUGCACCGCAUGAAUGACACCCUUAAGGAAGAUCAGCUACGCGACACCGAUAAUUCCGAAGACGCUUUGGAGGAACAAGAUUUCGAAUCAUAAAGACGGACGAGAGGGAGGAGGAGCCGAGUAUUAUGUUCUGUGCAUACGGUAUUAAUGCUAACGAAUGUGUCAGUGAGGGCAGAAGUGCAGUGAUAACACAAUAAAGCUUAUCUCUGAACAAGGAA